AUGCCUACGGACUCCUUCGAUACGAAUCGGCGACCCCGAACUAACAGGCAGUCGACGACUGAGAGUCUACGCCGCGGUAGAGGCCCUCCAGUAUGCAAUGUGCCUCAUUGCAAUGGCGCAGCACUAUUCUUUACCGGGCCUGAUGAUAAGAUUAUUCUCUCACGGCACUGUAAACGACACACAUGCCAAUGGGCACAUCCACCCUACGAUAUGAGCUUCUGCGACAACGCUGUAGAAAUAGGAGAUGAGUUCUGUGAUCAGCACCGAAAACUUCUAACAUGCGCAUCCACAACGCAACCGUGUCUGCGGCAGAGGGAAUAUGACCAUGUUGCCGAUAGUGUGGAUCCAACGGCCUCUUGGUUUUGUUCUACUCAUCGAUGCGGCCAUGACAGGUGCGAAAAUGAGGGUAAAGGCAGUGACCAAGAUAAUCGGCGAUGCGACAAACACAAACAAUGCAGUGUGCAAGACUGCAUGUCACCACCAGACGUUCAAAACUACAGUUUUUACUGCAAGCAACACACUUGCAGAAGCGCCCACUGUGCCGGCGUCGCCAAGAAAAACAACCUGUGCACGGAGCAUCAGCUAUGUAGUCGCCGAUCAUGCGACAAGCCUCGAUAUAUACCCGAUGAAGGACUCGACGACAUGGAUGAAGACCCAUUAUGCGAAGCACACUACAAGCAGAACGUUCGGUGUGCGAACCCAGAUUGCAGACGACCAAAGGAGAAGGGAAAGGGCCAAUACUGUUCCGAGCAUGAGUGCAAAGCUGGAGAGUGUGCAGAGGAGAGAGGCAGCUCUGGAAGUCCUUACUGCCAUAAGCAUCGCUGCAGGAAAGAUGGAUGCCCUAACCCUCUCCUAAACACCGGCAACAGCCCUUUCUGCCCGAAACAUACCUGCAAAGUCCCAUCAUGUCAACGAAGUACCGCAUCGGCCAGCUCUCCUCACUGUGAGACUCACACCUGCAGCAAGCCAGACUGCAAUAAUCCCGUCGACAACGCCGCCAGCUCGAUAACCCCCGGGAAACCAUUGCCUCCCCUCUGCAAGGUACACAAAUGCAAGUUUGCUUCCUGCUCCGAAGAAGCGACUCCCAUAUCCGAAACCACUGCAGGUUACUGCCUCACCAAGCACGGGUGUGUCGAGGCCGACUGUCCGAAAGGCCGACUAUACGAUGAUCAAGGGACUCCCUUCGAACGAUGCGCUGAUCAUGAACGGCAGCGAUGGAAAGACGCGGGAAGGAAAGAUGCUGAAGAGGCGCAAGAGGCGAAGGAAGAUGUCAGGAAGAGAAAUGAGUUGAAGAAGGAAAGACAGCACAAUGACGAGAAAGAGGGAUUGAAGAAGGAGAUCAAGGAGUUGAGGGAUAUAAUCAACGGGCCACACGGGUUCGAGGCCUUCAGGGAAGAGCUGGAGGACUUGAGAAAGAGAAACGCAGAGCUGGAGGACAUUAGGCUAGAGAACGCAGAUCUACGAGCCGAGCUCGAAGGUCUACGGGCAGCUCAUGAGACACACCAAGCGAGGUUACGAAAAGGAAGAAGACCCUCGAUGGCAGCUCCCGGACCGGGGGGAUACGCUGCGUUCGGGCUACCGGGGGGUCACCAAUUCCCAGGGCCCGGUCCCAUGCUGAUCCCCACCAUGAAUGGCAGUAAAAUCGGCAGAGAAUCUCCCACUGGCCGGAGCUUCCGUGGCAGUAGUGCUUGGGACACAUCCCGCGACUCCCUCCUUUCACAACAGUACGAUGAUCACGACCAUCCUUACUACUCCGAAGAAGACCGCGGCGGAACACCAACAGACAUCUCGUUCGACCACAGCAGCGAGCAUGACCCUUCCCAACCCCAACGGGGUCGCAUCCGUGACGUAUCCAGGGACUGGCGAGAGCCACCUACGCCCGGGCGUGAAGCGCGUGGUAGAGAUGCCAGAGAGCUAAGGGAUAAGUCAAGAGGAAGAGUCGGAGGCGGGACCACCGAGACAAUCAAGGAUGCAGGAGCGGUAGCACGAAGUCCAAGGGAUAAGAGCAAGCCAAGGCGAACGAAGAGUAAACAUCGGGGCACAGCAACCGGGGGAUACGGGGCUUUUGAUACUAUGAGGAGACGGAACGGUGCGGGAUUGAGCCAGUGGCAAGGGGAUGCUGCCGCGCAAGCACAGGCACCGCCAUUGUCGUCGAGGAGGUCAAAGACUUUUGGAACUGGGACGGCAGGGAAGCCGAGACCGGUUAGUAUGAUGGCGGGGAGUGUUCCUGAUGCGUAUGCUGGAGGCUAUGGACAUCCGAUACCUGGGCAUACGGGGUAUUGGGGCAACGGGGGCACGGGGAGUUUUAUGAGAGUGAGGAAUGAGCUGGGGGAUGAGACCAACGGUUGGUAUUGGAUAUCUGACACGCCUGUAAGACUGGCUUUCGUCCCCAAUAUUGUGCUUUAUUUGAAGUCCUGUUCCGUCGCCAGUCGUUCAUUCCCCAUGAUCAUGAUGGGUUCUAUGGUAGCCACUUUCAGUCCUGCAGUACCAACCGCCCUUUCCUCGUUGGGAUGCAGUCAAUUCUGA